UAAGAUUUAUGCAAAAUUUUAUUCAGAAAUUCUCCUAUAUAGCGCGCAAAAAAGCAUUGCUUUUGAAAACUUUCUAAGCACAGCAGAACGAGAAGAAACAGAAUGAUGAAAUCCCAUUUUUUGCUGUCUUUCACGAUUGUAUUUGUUCUGUUGCAGAUGGUAUCGAGUAAGUCCUGUCGAGUCAAUAACAACUGCCCCAAAGGACAAUGCUGCCUGGAAAAGGAUGGGAAGAAGGAAUGUUCAGAUUUGACAAAACCUGGUCAUCUUUGCACAGUGAGUAAUGGUUCAAAUUCACCCCAAAGUGGCACAUGCUAUUGUAUACCGGGUUAUCGUUGUAAAGAGCUAAAGGAAAAGGAAGCGGAUGUCUGCGUGAAUAAUAGCGAAUUCAAUUCGGCGGAAACGUUAAGAAGCAUCCUGAUCUUAAGCUGCUGUUUCCAAAUAUAAACUACUAGUUAUAGAAUUUUUAUUUGUUAUC